GUUUUCCAUUAUUUGCGAUCUAUAGUUGGCCCUUGCGAGCUCCUUCCAAGUAUUUUGUGUUUCCAGUUCCUUUCUAAAUCUUCAUCAUAACUUUAUCGCAGUUCGUGAUUCAGCUUUUACGUCUUUGAUUUAGAGCUUUAUUAUUCUAUAUUUUGGAGUCUUUGUGGCCGUUAAAUUCCUGGUCGUGACUCGUUUAUACCCAGUUUCCAGUGUGCAGGAAAGAGUAAGAGCGACUGCGAAUUUCCUUCCCCAUUGAUGCACAGACAUCGUGUCAGCCAAUGCGACUGCGGCACUACUCUAAUCUCUUGCUCAUUUGCAUUGACACAGUAGUGGUUGCUGGAUUGAUCACAAAUCGAAUCUGCAGAUGCCACACUAGUAAAUCUUGGCAUCAGCGUGCAGGCUAAAUAUUUUGGGGAUUGCGUCUUCUGGUCUUCCAUGCAUUGAAACAUUAACAUUCAGUUUGUUUGUGUUUUGGAGGGUUGUUUGGGAUCUUCGAUUUUUAAAAUGGAUGUUUAAUUAGCAGCUAUGCAAGAGCACGAGAUCGCUGAUUUGCAGAUCGAAACUCUUGCGAAGGGCGAUAAAACUCUGGAGAGUUACUUGUGUCGCGUCUGCGGACUGAAAUUAAACCAGCGGUUUUCUAUGCGAAGGCAUGUUAAAAUCGAACAUCCCGAUAAGAUGCGCAGUCUUCCUGCCCUUUAUCCUGUUACGGAAUAUUACCAGCUGGGUCGUCUGGCGGUCGACGACUCGUCCAGGGGCCCCGCUUCACCAGCCAAAGCUGGGAGUGCCAGUGGGUCGAAUCGGUCCAGCCCGCCGCAGUCCGUCUCAUCGGCACUGUUCUUCCCCGAUGAUGGAGCGAGCAAGCCCGUAGAACGUAAAAUGCAGUACUCCGAGUGGGCGCAAUCCAAACUGGAUCUCUACAUUAACGCCGUGGCAGUCAACCAGCGACUGCUGACCGGCGGCUAUCAGAAGACGGUCAAGUUCCACUGCAAUCUGUGCACGGCGGCUAAUAAAGGGGUGCAGGGUCCCGGUUGGCUGCUGCGGGAGGAGGCGCAGGAUCACAUCAUCACCAGCCACCCGGAGAAGAUCCAGAAGGAGGCCAGUGGAGUUUGUCAACCGCCGGAGAAGAAGGCCAAGAUGGACAAAAAUAUCCUGGCGCGGAGAUUCGGCAGCAGAGCAACCACAAUGAUGGCGCCAGUUCAUAUGCCUAUGCCAUCGCCGACGCGUCGAGCGCGCUCGCCGGGUUUAGAAACAAAAAAAUCUAGCACAGUUGGCGUGCCGGCUAAUCAAAUCGGCCAAAAGAAUCCGCGAAAUUUUGCGGCGAAAUCUGCCAACAGAACGCCGGCUAAGGCAACGGAGAAGCCUGCGGUUAAAGAAUCCGUGUCGACACCGUCGGUUUCCGGUGUGCGGAACUUUGUGUCCAGCCCUCCGCUUUCUUCUGGACCAAUUAACGCUGUGGGGAAGAAGCGACCGAUACUAUCGGACUUGGAUAUCACUCCACCCGGCACCCCGAAGAAAGUGGCCACCGAGGCCAACUAUACCAGUCCCUCACCCGCAAACCUCCCUUCCCCGUCAUCCUCCACGUCCAGCGGGGACCCGCCGCUCCAGUCCAAGCCCGCACUGCUCCCCACACCGCCACCGUUGGCCUACGCGCCUUUGCAUUCCCUACCAUCACCCCGACCGCCACUGCUGCCGACACCGAAACUAUCUCCCUACGCAAGGAGUUCACCACCAUCACCCAGAUUUACCAUUCUGCCCACGCCGCCGGCAGUGCCGGCGCCAAAUCCGCAGAUUGCGGUAUCUUCUCCUUCACACGCACUUAGAGUGGAAACAUGUGGGCUACCCAAGUCCGGACCGAAUUCAGUGCCAGCUCCUUCCACGUCAAGUGGGAAUACGGUACAGCCAUCCAAACCCAACCCUCUGCCAGGAUCUACACUGCCGGUAGAAAAAUCCUUACAGCGUUCUUUAUCGUCAACAUCGGUGGCCAGCGUGGAAUCUGCUCAACCAGUCAAGUCUUCACCAGCACCUUUACCGUCCAGCGUGAACGCUCCACAGCCUAUCAAAUCCGGGCCGGUCCCUUCUACAUCCAGCAUGGAUGCUCCGCCACCACCGAAAUCGCCGGUUAAAGAGAAACCGCCGGUCCCAGCGAGUGCUGGCAGUCCCAUUGAAGUGGUUCCGCUCAAGAGAACCUCGGUUUCCCCGCAGAAGAGCCUGCAGCGGAGUGGAAGCCCUAGUACGCUGGUUGUUGUGGCCGAUGCUGCGGAGAAUGGGAAAAGAGAUGCAGCGGAAAUAGCCAGCUCGAUGAAAGGGCCCAUGGUGGAGAGUGCGAAGACGGUGCCAAGUGAACCGGUGGAAUCCAGUGGUGAACCAUCGCAGCGGGGUAAAACCACGAGCCCGGCACGUCCGUUGGCUGCGGUGGCUCCCAAUGUGAAAGCCAGCACUUCCGGUGUCAGCGGGAAGGGCUCGAAUGAUGGUGUAAUAGGGAGAAAACAGGCGGGUAGCAGUGUGGAUGGCAUGCUCCUUGAAUCAGGCAUCUGUGUUGAAAAUGGCUUGCAUGUGAAUGCGUCUAAAUGUCUCGAUGAUUCAUCGAAAGCGGCUACAGCGGACGACAGCGUUUUCAAGCAGCCCUGUGAUCCCGAUGCGCUGCAGCCGGUUGGACGAAAAGGUUUGUUUGUCUGCCGGGAAUGCUGGUUCGGGCCGCGUGCCCAGGCGGAAAUCGUGCAGCACGUUCUCACCACACAUAUGACACGAACUUCCGAAUCCCGUCCACAAGAACCAGAGAAAGCCCAUUCCGAGGAUUCCAGCGACUGGGUGAUGGAAUUGCCGUCCGAUACCGCCGCUUCGCCGUCGAAGCGCCGCGGACGGCCCCGCAAAGCUCAGACGAUGGCGCGUGUAGACAGCAAAUCCAGUUCCGUUGAUGCAGCCGAUUGGGUGAUGGAGCUGCCAUCCGAUAGCCAGCGUCUACCGCCGCCACCAAAGCCACGUGGACGGCCACGGAAGGAUGCUCCAUCCAAAUACGCGGCAUCGACGGCCAGCCAGGCGCAGGACAAAAGCCGAGGCGUCUCGCUGGCGUCCAGCUGCAGUAGCGAGCCGAAGAAGAAGGGUUAUAAGGGAGCGCGGGAAGUGAAGGCGCUGCAAUGGGAAUACCGGUCCGAGGAUGAUGAUGAGGAAGACUGGGCCACCGAGAUUAAUUAUGCGUUCACGCGGGAGGAUAAAAAAUUUAUGCUCGAUGCGGCGGGUCGGUCGGGAGUUUCCAUUCGUGCCCUGUGUGCCAAGUUCACGGAAGCAACGAUGCGGCACUGCACGGAGACUGGCGAGUGGACCGAUCGGUACUUUAUCAAGCGGGAAGGGGGCAGUUGUUAAGUGGAAGCGAAUUCCGGAAGAUUUUCUCAAAAUUGAUGCGUACCAAAGAGUGUUUUAUGUCUGUUUGUAGAGACGUGACGGAGUAUUUAUUUCGUUGAAAUAGCUUUUGACCGAUUUUUCGUUUGAUGCCCGCGGAGAAUUACGUUUGUGUAUCAGUUUGUUGUGCGGUUGUGUUUUACGUUUGUUUUUGUGUUUUCUUCGAACCGGAAUGGGCGAUAUGGGCAGUAGUAUUUGCAGUGUUCGUUUGCAUUGGAUUUCUGUUUUUCUAUGACUAAUUGAAAUGCAUCUCGUAAUUCCAUUAUUAUUAACUGAUGGGUUUGUUUUACUUUUGUUUCUGUUGAUGCAUCGAUGACGGAUCUGGUUGACCGCAGUAUUAAUCUCAUCAUUCGACUAAUAAAAUGGUUGGAAAA